AUGUCAUUUGACAUUCAAAAAUAAAAAAAAACUCAAGACAAUAAAAUAACAAUGGUUAAUGAAAUGGUCUUUCUAAAUAUGACUAUUUAAUCACCUGUCAAAAUAACACCAUUAUUAAAAAAAUAAAAAACUAGAAAACAAUACAAAAGAGCUGCAACUAUCAUUGAUGAUGAUGAUUUUUAUAAAGGACCAUUUGAGGACAGUAGAGUAACAAGAAUGAUCUUUGAGAAAUAUAGAAUAGUUGAAUUAACUCGAUUCUGGUUUAUAAUUGCAUGUAUGGUGCUAACGAUUUUAGAAGUAUAAAUGUUUUGAAUUAGUAUGAAUAUAGUUUUUCAACAUUCCUUACGAAGACAAUGGAAUUGGAAUUGAAUGUCCUUUUGUAUCUAAUAUUCUAUAUGUCAAUAAUCAUUAUUUUGCUUACAAUUAUAGCUUACCUAAUAGAACUUGAAUAUAGAAAAUGUUCUAAAAUUAUUUCCAAUAAAGCAUCACUUAUAUAAACUAACUUAAUAUGGGGAUUAUUAAGUGAAAUUAUAAUUAUAAUUCCAACAUCAAAUCCUUUUACUAAAGGUUAUUAUGUUGAUUUUGAAUAGAGAGGAACUGCAGAAAGUAGAUUUUAUAUGGUAAAUGAAAUUCUAACUUAUAUCAUGUUUUUCAGACUCUAUUUACUUCUGAAUAUAGGGUUUAAAUUUUAGACUUAUUAUUCAAAUCGAAUAGGAAGAGUAUGGUAUAAAAUUGAUAAUAAUUUAUAUAGUCGUUUAUAUUAGACUCGUUUUGGAACUCAUCUGAUGUUGAAAUUAUGUAUACGUUAAUUCCCUUUUUAUACUUUAACUUGGUUAUUUAUUGUUGGGUUUAUACAAUACACUUAUUAAUUAGAGAUAUCAGAAAGACCACUCUUAAGAACAUUUGAUUCUUUAGAUAAUUAUGGCUUAACCAAAAGUUUAUGGGUUACUAUGAUAACAGUAGCAACAGUAGGUUAUGGAGAUUUCUUUCCUUAUACUGAUUUAGGUAGAAUAGCCAUGACAUUAGGAUUAUUUUAUGGUGUUACCAUAACAUCAUUAUUUACAGCUAUUCUAUACAAUAUGUUAUAAGCAACAUCUGGAGAGUAUCAAUCUUGGGCUUUAUUGGACAAAGCAACAAUAACAAAGAAUAUAAAAAAAGCAAGUUCAAGAAUAUUUUUUUAUUUAAAUGAGUUAAGAAAAGGAAAGAAAUUAUAAAAAGCUGAAGUGUUGAAUAAUAAUUUAGAGGAAACAUUAUUUAAUUUAGAAAGAUUUCUAUAAGAUGUAGGAAUGUUGAAAAGGUAUUAAAUUAUUUAAUCACUCAAUAGAAUGCAUAGAGAUAUUGAUGGAGAAGAAUUCUAAGAAAUGAUUAAACGAAAAUUUGGGGAUGCUAAUUGUAAAUUCAAAGAGAUUAAAUAACAAAUAUAUAAAUUUAGUGAAUAAUAAAUUUUAAUUCAGACUCACCUAUCUAAACUAUUAUAAAAUUCAAUAUUGGAAAAAGAAUAGAAUUAAAUGCAAUAGAUAUAAUUUUCAUCUAUUUCUCAAUAGAUUAGUAAGAAAAAAAUAAGUACAGAAGAGAAACUUAGCAAAGAUGAUGAAUUUUUCAAUAAUUUAGAUGAUUCACAAAGAGAUUCAUGUUUAAUGAGUUUCCAUGAUUGA